AUGGCUGCUACCGCUUCUGCAGUCCGUUACGCACCUGAGGAUCAUUCUCUUCCCAAGCCUUGGAAGGGUCUUGUCGAUGAUCUUACUGGCUACUUGUACUUUUGGAAUCCUGAGACCAACGUUACUCAGUACGAGAGACCUGCCACCUCCUCUCACCCUCCCAAGCUGCUCUCUGUUAGCUCCUCCGUUCAGGUUCUGGUUCAACACCACACUUCUUCCAUACCUAGCUAUGUCCCUGCUGCCAAGGAUGAUGUUCUGUACCGUAACGGUUACGGUAACGGUGGACCUAAGGUUGCCAGGAAUGGUGCUGCUAAUGGACUUGGGAAUUCCUCCCCCCCUCCUCCUCCAUCAUCAGCUCUAGCAAAUGAUAUUUCCCCCGAUGCCUAUUGCCGCCGUCACGAAAUUACUGUCAGUGGGGGCCAAGUUCCACCACCUCUUAUGUCCUUUGAAACUACUGGUUUUCCUCCUGAGCUUCUGCGUGAGGUACUCGGUGCAGGUUUCUCUGCUCCAACCCCGAUUCAAGCUCAGUCGUGGCCAAUUGCCAUGCAAGGUAGGGACAUAGUAGCCAUUGCUAAAACUGGCUCGGGAAAAACUUUGGGUUACUUGAUUCCUGCCUUCAUGCAUCUUCAACGCAUCCGGAAUGAUUCGAGAAUGGGCCCAACAAUCUUGGUGUUGUCUCCAACGAGGGAGCUGGCCACACAAAUCCAAGAUGAAGCUGUUAAAUUUGGGAGGUCGUCAAGAAUUUCCUGUACGUGCUUGUAUGGUGGUGCACCAAAAGGUCCUCAGCUGAGGGAUUUAGAAAGAGGAGCAGAUAUAGUGGUAGCGACUCCUGGACGAUUGAACGAUAUCCUUGAGAUGAGGAGAAUUAGUCUGCGCCAAGUAUCUUAUCUUGUGCUAGAUGAGGCUGAUAGAAUGUUGGACAUGGGUUUCGAACCGCAGAUAAGGAAGAUUGUGAAAGAGAUUCCCACUAAGCGUCAAACGCUUAUGUACACAGCUACAUGGCCAAAGGGAGUCAGGAAAAUUGCAGCUGACUUGCUUGUUAACCCUGCUCAGGUCAACAUUGGCAAUGUUGACGAGCUUGUGGCUAACAAGUCGAUCACGCAGCACAUUGAAGUGGUAGCAACGAUGGAGAAACAGAGGAGGUUAGAGCAGAUAUUGAGGUCUCAGGAACCAGGAUCAAAGGUGAUAAUAUUCUGCUCAACCAAAAGGAUGUGUGACCAGCUAACUCGCAAUAUAACCCGCCAAUUUGGAGCUGCUGCUAUACAUGGAGACAAGUCGCAGCCUGAGAGAGACAGUGUUCUGAAUCAAUUCCGCAGUGGCAGGACUCCGGUUCUUGUUGCAACUGAUGUUGCUGCUCGUGGACUGGACGUCAAGGACAUCAGGGCGGUCAUAAACUAUGAUUUCCCCAAUGGAGUGGAAGACUAUGUUCACAGAAUCGGAAGAACAGGAAGAGCUGGAGCGACUGGUCAGGCAUUCACAUUCUUUGGCGAUCAAGACUCGAAGCAUGCUUCGGAUCUGAUCAAGAUCUUGGAAGGAGCAGACCAGAAAGUUCCUCCUCAGAUCCGCGAAAUGGCUGCACGUGGUGGUGGAAUGAACAAAUUCAGCCGUUGGGGUCCUCCAUCUGGAGGUCGUGGCAGAGACUCUGGUUAUGGUGGCAGAGGUAGCAGCUUCGGUUCACGUGACAGUGGAAUGGGAAGCAGAAGCAGUAAUGGAUGGGGAAGAGAGCGCGAAAGGAGUCGUAGCCCAGAGCGAUUCAACAGAGUUCCACCACCGUCUUCCAAUGGAUCUCCUCCUCGCAGCUUCCACGAGGCCAUGUUGAAGCACAGAUAAAUGAGCAAACACGUGAAGGUGUUAUUGGGAAAAUAUUUCUUACAUCAUAUGACAUUAUUAUUUUUGGCCGAUGAAGAGCGUUACGUUGAAAACAAAAGACGUGUAAAACUAGAAUUGUUUGUUUUCUUAUGUAUUUCCUUGUGUGUUAUGCUCCGACUUUCGCAGAUUUGAUACGCCGAAUUUGUUGUUAGAUAUGGUAUGCUUCUUUUAGCUUUUUAUAUGUCAAAAACAAAUGUUGUGUUUCUUUUGAUUCAGUUUUGGCUUUGGUUAACU